CGCAGCUCGAGAUCUUGUCGGUUGGCAGUUGCCAAGAGAAGCACAGGCGAAGACGACGAUGAACAUGCUGCGCGCCUGUCUUGGCAUCAUGCUGGUCAUGAUCCACAGCGCGGUGGGCGGCCACGACUGCGGCCACGACGAGCUCAUGGAGCGCUUCCUCGCCGACGUCGAUGCGUCGACGCUGCGCAGCCCGCAGAACCUCGUGUCGUCGACAAGUCGCCGCCUCGACGGCGACGCCGUCGCCAGCAGUCUCUUCAAUCCCAUUCGCAUCUCCUUCGACACGUCCAAGCUCUUCAGCGAUCCGGGCUACCUCUGUGCCAACGUCGGCGACGUCGUGAGCCGCGACGGGUCGAGCUACACGUGUGCGCCCAACGACGUCUUGACCUCGGUACGACCGGGCAUCCGCACCGAUGCGAAUGAUCGAUAUAUGGCAACAUGUUAG